CCACUGGUCAAGUCAAUUCAUCAUGACAAGUAGUCAAUGACGCAAUACAAUCGCCAUUUUAGCCGAAUUCGCUCUUAUCCGCUCCUCUCUCUCUCUCUCUCUCUCUCUCUCUAAUUUGAUAGUGAUAUUAGAGUCCGAUUCCUUUGUCUCGCCUGAAAAAAUGGAGGACGCCGGAGCUGCUCUAGAUUCCCGCACCUUGUCCAACAAAAUCGUCGCAAUUUCCGCCGGAGAAGCUCACACUCUCGCUCUCACCGGGGAAGGAGAUGUGUAUGCUUGGGGGAGAGGGACGCUGGGCCGGCUGGGAACUGGUUCGGAGGAAGAUUCGCUGUUUCCGGUCCGGAUCCACGUUAGGGAUAGAAACCGGCGGGUCAAAUUUGUUGAAGUCGCUGCUGGCGCUUAUCACAGUCUCGCACUUGCAGAUGAUGGAUCAGUUUGGGCCUGGGGUCACAAUACUUAUGGCCAACUUGGUCUCAAUGGAGAGCAUGCUUUAGUUCCCCGCUUAAUAUAUCAAUUCUUUGAGUUGGGCUCUCCUGGCGCUUUUACAGAUGAAUCAGAAACAUCCAGUAGAACACCGUUAAAGGUUUCUUCUAUCAAAGCUGGAGGAAUGAUGUCGCUGGCCAUUGAUAAUGUUGGAGCCCUCUGGAUCUGGGGUAACUGCCCUCAGCAAAGUAGCUCCAGUGAGGGGGGCUUCUCUCUUGUAAGCAGUUUCAUACCAAUACCUGUUUGGAAUUUCCAUGGACACACUGUUGUCAAGGUUGCUUGUGGAAACGAGCAUGUUGUGGCCUUAGUUAGUGCUGGAGAAACAUACAAAGGCAGUGAUCUUAUAUGCUAUUCUUGGGGUAACAAUAACCAUGGCCAAUUAGGCCUCGGAGAUACAGAUAGCAGGUUGCAGCCUGAAAUCAUUGAGAAAUUUAGCCAGGGUUCCCCUUGGGAAGUUUAUGCAGUAGCAUGCGGGGCCUUCCACACAGCUUUACUUGCUCUUGAUAACAGAUCAAGUGACACAACAACAAGUGUGUGCUGGACAUUUGGACUUGGGGAUAAUGGGCAGCUUGGUCUUGGAACCACCAGAAAUGCUUUGUUGCCCAAGCCAGUAGAAGGAUUGCUGCAAAAUGUGUUUCUAAUUUCUGUUGACUGUGGCUUAUUUCACACUAGCGUUGUUUCAUCAGCUGGAGACGUGUGGUCAUGGGGUAUGGAGAAGGGCCUUGGCUUAUGCCCUGAUGCUAGAUUUACCGGAACUGAUGCAGGGGAUGCCCUUUCUCCCCUACUUAUUCGAUGUAAUGGGCCAUAUGGACCUAAAUUUCCGGGGACAGUUCAGGUUGCAUGUGGGGCUGCCCACACCGUUCUUGUUGCUAAUGAUGGAUAUAAGCUUUGGUCGUGGGGUAGGGGAAGGAGUGGUGUACUUGGGAAUGGUAGGACUACAGAUUGUUAUGCUCCAUCUAUUGCGUUGUGGCCACCACUAAUAGAGGAUUUCGAGGAAGGGGGGCUUGACCAUGUUGAUGGAGUUAAGAAUAACCAAGGUAAAGGCCCCGCAAGAAUCAAAGAGAUGGAGAAAAGAUUGUCCAUGGCGACGGAGGAGACGAGGCUCCUUCGCUCAAAACUCUCCAUGAUGGAAAAGUAUGCUAGCCUUCUCCAUGGUUCAAUUUUUGGAAAGCCUUUUGAAGAGCAGGACAUGCCUACGUUCUUAUUGCAAAACUCGGGUACCUUUGACAUAGCAAAGGAAUGGGAGAGCAUGUUGGAGUCCUCUGAUCGUGAUAGGCUCACUCGCCUGGAGUUGUUUUACCGAAACCUUUUGACAGGCGUAAAAGAUAAGUUAUUGAAGAAGAGGAUUCAAGAGAUGGUUAAAGAGUGUCUUGAUACUUGAACUGAAGAAAACUACUAAACAAAAUAUAUAGUGGUCCUGGACCCAUUGCAUUAUAAAUAAAAUAAAUUUGACUCUACCAAUAUAUAUAUAUAUUUUUUUCUGUAAGUUUUGUCUUUACUAACAUUUUCUAUGAAUUGAUUUAGGGGUGAGAUUUGUUUU